GGUUGACGUGGUUGACACCACGGCCACGCCGACGGUCCCCCACACGCUGUCCUACAGCGCCUUGUCGUCGACAGCGACAUCGUGGAAGCUUGGACAAGACGUCCCUUCCGCGUCGCCCGGCGGCAACUCCGUGGACGUCGUCCAGGCGAGGUCGUCCAAGGCCGCCUCUAUCCUCAGCGACACGAACUACAGGAAGACGCUGCGGCACCCGACCGUGGCGAAGCUGCCCGACGGCACCGCGCGAC